AUGAAUAUCGUAAACACAGCACUUGCCAUGGUACUGAUGGCCAGGCAUGAUCUUUCCAAACUUAGACCCAAAGAUCAUGUAAGUACUCCAUCAGAUGUUGGCCCCCAACCGACUGUUUUCCAUGGCUACUUCUCCACCGACGUUCCCGACUUCUUCUCUAACGACUACCUUUCCAUCACCAACAAUCCUCAGCUGAACAACAAUGUUCUUCAUGCGCUCAUCCCGUCAAAAAAACUGCUUGGCUCUACGGGUUCCCGUCUGCUCAACGGGAACAGCCCAAGUCAUGCAGAGACGGAGAAAUACCUCCAGUCCCACUUCAACGCCCCCGCAGCUCUCAUGUUCACCUCCGGUUACGAUGCCAACGUCGCGUUCUUCGGGUGUGUCCCCCAGGCAGAGGACAUCAUUGUCUUCGACGAACUCAUUCACGCGUCAGUGAGGGAUGGGAUCGCUGCAGCACGGACGCGUAACGUAUACCUCUUCUCCCACAAUUCUGUCGUGUCUUUCGAGAGCUGUAUAGCCGAGCUCUUGAAGAAUCGUCCGGAGAUUUUGGCUGGCAACUUGUACAGCAUGGAUGGGGACUUCUCUCCUUUACCGCAGAUCAUUGAGACUCUCCAUCGGUAUAUACCCAGGGCAUACAGUCAUAUGGUUGUGGAUGAGGCGCAUACAACCGGAUUGUACGGCUUAAUGGGUCGGGGGUAUGUGGAACAGCUAGGAUUGCAGAACGAGGUAGACACGGUCCUUCAUACAUUCGGAAAAGCCAGAGGCUUGACAGGAGCCGUCAUACUCACGUCGCCAAUUAUCCGGAAGUACCUUAUCAAUUAUGCUCGACCUUUGAUCUACACGACGUCGAUGCCCCAUUUCCACCUCAUAGCCAUCAGAAGCACCUUCGAAUUUAUUUCGGGGGCCGAAGGAGACAGGGUGAGUAUCCACUUCGGAAACAAGUCCACGACCGCAGCCGGUACUUUGCUACCAAACUUAGGGCUGGCUCUGAAGGACGUUCCAAAAUCUGUCCUCGCAAUGUGUGCCGCUGACAGAAGCAAAGGCUCCCUCGUCUCACCAAUAUUCCCAUUGCUCACGAACCAGUCGCUGAGCCUUGCAGAAUAUCUCAAUUCAAAAGGAUAUUCUGCUCAAGCGAUUCCCUUCCCUGCGGUACCGAGAGGCCAGGAGCGCAUUCGAGUGGUGAUCCAUGCAGAAAACACCUUCAGCAGUAUCGACGUAUUCAUUGGUAUCCUCCUCGACUGGGCGAUGUCUCAACGGUCUAAGAAGGGUAAAGAAGUCGGAGGUAUGCCAAUGUCUGAACCUAGUCCGAAAGCAAUGCUAUAA